ACCGACGGGUUGGACUUUUGCCCUAGAUGGUCCCCCUUCGACCUGCACAACAGGUUUUUAUAAAUAUACCGCAUGGUGUGUGCGAGCGAGGGUGUGGACCUGUGCCCCUUUCUCCCACUUCCUUUGCUGCGUUUGGGAUUUUCUUUGCUUUUAUGGAACACUGCAAGUCCGGCCUGGAUUUGGUAAAGGAAAGCCGGUUCCACCGGGCGAGGGGACGAGUCACAGGUAGAGCUGACCUGUCUGGCUGCAUGAUGGAUGCCCAAGGAACUUGGGAAACGCAAAUGACAAUAAUACAAUUACUGGACUAUUACUGGACAAUAGUAAUUAAGUGUCAUUGGUGACACAUCUCAGUUAAGAGGUGGAGGCACCAGAAGGUACUUCCUGUCUAGUGACAGAGAGCAGUCCCAGGUGUUACCUGGCUUCGAGGGCUCUGACUGGGUUGGCCUCCCUUUCUGGAGCGCAGGACUGAACCUGAGGUGACAUCCUCACUGAACUAAAACUGCACAAAGAAUUACAUUCAUGUCAUUACUGUGCUACAUUGGCUUCUAGGCACUCAAAUGGUGUAGAAGAAAGCCUGAAGCCCUUGAGGAGGGAACGCUGCCUAAUUCUUCUCCAGGCCAAUAAGCUGAAUAAGCCAACACGAUGGACUGGGGUACUCUACACACUUUCAUCGGGGGUGUGAACAAACACUCCACCAGCAUCGGGAAGGUAUGGAUCACCGUCAUCUUCAUUUUUCGUGUCAUGAUCCUUGUAGUGGCUGCUCAAGAAGUGUGGGGCGAUGAACAGGAAGAUUUUGUCUGCAACACUCUGCAACCAGGAUGCAAAAAUGUGUGCUAUGACCACUUUUUCCCUGUGUCUCACAUCCGGCUGUGGGCUCUGCAACUCAUCUUUGUCUCCACCCCAGCCAUGCUGGUCGCGAUGCAUGUCGCCUACUACAGACAUGAGACUGCCCGCAAAUUUAGGCGAGGAGAGAAAAGAAAUGAAUUCAAAGACUUAGAAGACAUUAAAAAGCAGAAGGUUCGGAUAGAGGGGUCCCUGUGGUGGACGUACACCAGCAGCAUCUUUUUCCGAAUCAUCUUUGAAGCAUCCUUUAUGUAUGUGUUUUACUUCCUUUACAAUGGGUACCACCUGCCCUGGGUGUUGAAAUGUGGGAUUGACCCUUGCCCCAACCUUGUAGACUGUUUUAUCUCUAGACCUACUGAGAAAACCGUGUUUACCAUUUUUAUGAUUUCUGCAUCUGUGAUUUGCAUGCUGCUUAAUGUGGCGGAAUUGUGUUACCUGCUGCUGAAAGUAUGUUUUAGGAGAUCAAAAAGAACACAGACACAAAGAAAUCACCCCAAUCAUGCCCUAAAAGAGAGUAAGCAAAAUGAAAUGAAUGAGCUGAUUUCAGACAGUGGUCAAAAUGCCAUCACAGGCUUUCCAAGUUAAAUAUUUCAAAGCACUAUGUAGCUGCUUCAUAACAAAAGUGGUGCCUUCUCCUGAAGGCAGGUCCCACCUGAAAGUCCCGUCUCUAGGCUGAAGACUUCAUCUUUAUAAAUACUUUCAUAAUACAUAGAUACUUAACUUUUUGUAGAAUAAUUGUUCCAUUGAUAUGAAACAUAAUCAAAUAUGUGGUCCAUCUCUGAAAACUAAGACAGGAUUAGAACUGUGCUUUAACAUGUUUAAGUGGACUGUCUGACAUACUAGGUAUUUCCUGAAAAUUUAGGUGUGUAAUUGUUUUGAUAAAGAACAUUUAUCUAGAAAUUGAUACUUGACUAGAAAAAAAUAUUUUUAGAGGACUGAAUGUUUUAGUUCUGACUUUGAAUUUAUAUAAAGUAUUUUUAUAAUGACUGGUCUUUCUUACCUGGGAAAACAUAUGAUGUUAGUUUUAGAGUUAUGCUGUAUCUAAAUUUUGAACUUACAAAGAAUCUAUCUUGUUGUAAAUAGUAUUUUGCAUUGUCUAUUGACAAAUUUAUGGACUAUAAUGAUACUUUUAAGGUGGAAAUUGUUCAUUGUACAAUAUAUUUUUAUCACUUUCUGUAUACAGAGCUGUAUGGAAGUAGGAAGUUUUUUAAAACUAGACGAUUUGCGAUCAUUGUGAACAGCUAACAUGAAUGUGCUCACCUCAAUAAAGAUUAGCCCCAUUGCUUAAGCCUU